GGUUGAAGUUCAACAUCAUCCCAUCAUGCCUACUUCUCGUUCUCCAAGUCUUUGGUGCGUACUCCAUAGUCACGCUGUGUGAAGGAAAAUGUGUUCAGGCUUCAAUUUUCAAAGAAAACGGGCCAAUCAAAGGAGAGAGCAAUAGUACAACAGAGAGUUCAGAGCACGGAGAUCAACGGAACAAGGCAGUUGAGGAGAAACCCACAACACGCAAUAACACCUACCUACCCCUCAAUGGCGUCUUCAAGUCACGGGGGUAGAAGACCUCGGGGCGAGAGCCCUUUUGUGUUGCGCUCCCAGUGUAAAGGUCAGCUUUGUGACCGGGCCACACCCACGCACACUCACAGGCAUUCCCGACGAAGUUCCAGACUGGCGAGUACUGCCGUAGUAGAACCGUCGUUAUCCAAGGAUAAUGGCUUCAUGCCAAAUGGGGGCCUUAAUGAGACCGUCAAUGGGCACCAACCACCUGGAUCUCCGAGGUUGGAUGCAUUUGACGGGGAAGGCUGGGUAAGAACGCCCCGAACGGGCUAUACCUAUGCCGAAUCUCAAACUUACCUUGACCAUUGCUCCAAAGAAGUACCUAUGCCGCAUAUGGCGAGAUUACCUCUUUGGGGGAGUGGUGAGCGGGCGGCUAGGCCGGAUGUUCAUUUAGAACUGGUUGAGACAUACGAUAGUGUGCUCGCCAAAGGGUUGAGGACUGUUGUGUACGCCAUACCGGCUUGGUGCUCUCUUUUGGAUACUUAUCUGUUAAAGAGAAAUCCGGCCAACCUAGCGAAGCGGCCGUAUUUGGACGGAAAUGAAGAUGAAGACGAACUGGUGAUUAUUAGACACAGAAGAAUUGUUAAUAUUAUUAAUAACUUUUGGAGACAGGUCAAGAAAAGUCCCAUGGCAGUGCUUCAAUCAACACCCAUUCAAAAAGUGAUAUCCAAGGUACCUGGUGGAACGGGAAGAGAGGAUUCUCGUCGGUUUCUCUUAUUGCUUUUACCUCUUCUGAUUCUGUUUCUUCUGCUUACAUUUCCCUCAGACAUUCUCAACAGUCCGCUGGUAUUGAUCAGCAAAGGAUUCAGUGAAUUGGCGGAGUGGCCAAGCAAUGUCAUGUUUCAUGCUGGAAUGAUCUCAAUGGACCUUGACAAUGGUCUUCUAAAGCUCUCUAGGAGUGCCUGGAUUCAAAUAUGUGACUUGAGCGGUAGCUUACUCAAUCUGUCCGUCAAUACUUUGUCAUCCCUUCCACAACAGUUAAUCAGUGUAUUUGAAAACUGGAUAGCCGUACCAACGACAGUGAUAUUGGACGGGUUAGCAGAAGCCUUUGCUCCUGUGAUCUCUUUUAGUUGGUUCCCGUCCACAGACUUAAUGAAUUUUGGUGCAAUCGUGCUUGAUAUUGUGUCUUCAAUUCUGCGGCUUCCUGUGGUUGGAUUGGCAAACAUUUUUGGUAUCGGGAUGGACUGGGCAAGUUGGAUUGCAUACUCUGGUUGCCAAUUCGUCAUGGAAUGGAUUGACAUGGUUGCCAAUGUCUUUCUUGCAUUACUUUUCUUGGUGCUUGACGUGUUCACAUUGGUGGUAUCAAUUCCGUCCUACAUAUUCACUGGCCUCGUUUGGGGAAUCCAACUUCCAUUCAAUUUGGGUAUGAGUGGGUUGAAAACAAUUAUAUUCAGUGAUUUCGUUCAAAGUGUCGGAGAGAUAGUGUCUAAUUUACCCACUAAAAUUGCUACAAUUCCUGUGACAUGUGUUACCAUUGGCAAAUCUGCUCUGGAUGUGCUAUUACCUUUUCCUCUGUAUUUGGCCCAAUAUCUAAAUGAGUUGACAAUGGACGUAUUCUCAGGAGCAUGGAACGGAUUGCUUUGGGUCAUUUCUUUGGUAUGGUCCAUUCCCAUUUUACUCUUUUCUUGGAUCAAUACGUUGGUUCAAGCUCCAUUGUCGAUGGGAGAGUUGAUUUCCGAUCACAUGCUCCACUUAUUCAGCAACAUCAAACUAUUUGGCGUGGCUUCGUUAAAAGCAAGUAGUUCCUAUCUUGGAAGUGCAAGUGAAUCCGUCGGCGAAAAAAUAUCAUUCAGCGCGACUUUUGCUAAAAGCCUGACUACCAGAACCACAUCAGCAAUUGUCUCCGUGCCAUCACUUAUGCUCCCGUGGGCAAGUUUGAUAAUUGAAGCUCCAGUGAUCGCUAUCAGAUUGAUCCUGAUGUCUCUGACUGACAACUUUAUUUUGGAUGGAGUCCAGAGUGCAAUGGAAUGGUCAUGGAACACCCUGAAGAGUUGGGGAUCCAUGCCGCUGACUCUUGGACAAGGUCUUGUUCACUUGAUACCAUCAGUUGGAUAUAGGGCCUACGAGGGUUUCACUAAUAUUCCGAUGCUGCCUUCACUAGUCUUGCCAUGGGCAAGUUUUAUCAUUGAAGCUCCAGUGCUUGUCAUUCGACGCAUGCUUCUUUACCUCGCUGAUAAUGCCUUUGACGCCUUCUCUACCUUGUUUGAACGGUCACAUCUAGCAACGACAACUUUUGCCGAAUAUCCAGUCAAUUUUGCAUUAUGGACUAUGAAUUCUUUGACAACAACUGGUGCUUUCUUGUGGAAUGGAAUAGUAUCAAUUGGAUCUAUAACCGCGGCUUUGCCACAGUUGACACUAACGUGGGCUAGUUUAAUCGUGGAAACACCCGUCGCCUUGAUGUGGAGUUUACUUGAUGUUAGCAUCAAUAUCGUUGAAUCAAUAACGUCCGUACCAAUUGGUGUUACCGAUUUAGCCUUUCAAGGAAUAUCUUGGAUCGGCUCGGCUUCAGAAAAUGGAAUGGCCUCUUUUUCCUCUGGGUUUGAGAAGAUUUUCCAUUACCUAUCAAUACCUUUGGGAUAUGUGGGAGCUACUCUGUGGAAUUUACCGAUUUCGACUUGUCAAUUAAUUUGGAGCGUAACUGGCUUUGUUUGGAAUUGGUUUUGGUACCAAGGCCAAACUAUUUCCGAGGCAGUUUUGUCGGGAUCUGAUUAUUGGGUGACCUCGUCGGAAUCUAUGGGCCAAACAGGACUCUCCUUGAUCAGUCGAAUCCCAGAAUGGAUAUCUUGGCCGUUCUCGAAAUCCUUCGAACAGGUUGGAAAUUUCGGGACCCUGGUUGCCGAAACUACUUCAUUUUUAAGUGCAAUGUCUUCGGAAGUGACCGAAACGGGUGGAAUGGCUCUAUCAUUCUUAUUUGCUCCUCUCUUGGGCACCUGGAAUUGGUUGACUCACAUGGACAUUGUACCGAUAGAGGAUUCGAGUGAGACCAAAAAAAUAGAUGUCAUUGAUGUGAAGAUCCAACGCUUGAUAAAUUUGAACAUGCUCGAGACCAAAGUGAAUGAUUACUUACAAAAGGGCAUCUCAGAUUGGGAAACCAAGUUUCAAAGUGACUUAGAGCAGACACAAAGCUUCCUUGGGAUCAAAUCCCUGGAUGAAACAUCAUUCGAUGGGAAAUACCCACAGUUUGAAAUAGAAACCCCAGAUUUUUCUCUGAAAAUCAGAGAUCUGAAUCUGGACCACACAAUGGAGGAUGAAAACCUUACCAAAGAUGUCUAUCUACACAAGGAUAAACUUUUAACCAAAUUGGCCGCUUUAAAAGAACUUUUCAUCAUGUCGAAUGACCGCAUUCGGGAUUGUUGUAACAAAGCAGAUUUCCCAAUGUGGAUCUCGCAUGCCGGAAAGAAAAAUCUCGAGUCAUAUCAAGAAGCUCUAGGUUUACUCAACCAAAAUCUGGCCACGACGCAAGACCUCAUCCCGGCAAUCAAAGAUCUUAAGGCGAAAGUUCUUAAUGACUUCAACAUCCUUCUAGGAGACGAGUUGAAAAAACAAGCCAAAGCCCAAGUUUUAGAAGAAAUUCAGACCUUGAUCAAUCUCAACGUGGGCCAACUGAAUAAAAUCAACGAAAAAGAAGUUGCAAAGGUGGUAGCGGCUGCUAUCGCCAAAUAUGAUGCUGACAAAACGGGAUUGUUCGAUUAUGCUGCGGAAAGUGCUGGAGCGAGUGUGGUGAGCAUCAGAUGUUCUGAAACCUACACAAGUCGAGCUCGCCGUCUAAGUCUCUUUGGUAUCCCCUUCUGGACAUUCAGUUGGGGCCCCAGAGUUGCCAUUCAAAAUGGACUCAUUCCCGGGCAAUGUUGGGCUUUCAAAGGAUCUCAGGGAUAUCUAGUCAUUCAGUUGUCCCGACCCUUGAAGCCUCAAAAGUUCUCCAUGGAACACAUUCCUCGGAAUUUGACUCCAAACGGACGUCUAGACUCUGCUCCCAAGGACUUUCAAGUGUUGGGUCUCCGAGAACUCCAUGACCAGGACCCAAUUCAAUUGGGCAAUUUCACUUACGUCCUUGAAGGCGAGUCCAACCAAUUCUUUGACUCUAGUCUUAACCUUGAGGAGGAAAUGCGACUGAGAUUUGUAGAGCUCCGAAUUCUCUCCAACCACGGGAACAUGAACUACACGUGCCUUUAUCGAUUCAGAGUCCAUGGACAGAACUGAUGCCUUUCAUUGUUGAAUUCAAGAUUAUUGAAAGAUGUCUUUACACGAACUUUAUGUUUACUACGCAGAAUAGAUUUAUGGGAAUUAUCAGAACA